CCGGUUUCCUUUGCUCGGAGAUGAACCGUGAGGUAGCCUGGAGGAUGGGACGAGCUCCUGUGACGACAUAACUCUUACCAUCCACCAGAAACCUAACUACAGGAAACCCGAACACGCGCAUGCGCAUACGUUAUUCAACACUGUCUGCUAGCCAAGCGUAAAGGUCAUUGGGCUCCAGGCUCUCUUAGUCACAAGGAUCUCGGCAGACGCUGCAUAUAAACUUCCACCAAUUCAUCUUUUCUACUGCAAGACUGCACGAUCUACUAAAAGAUUUCCUGAUCUUGGUUUAAAGGGUUUAACCAGCACAUCAUGCAAAUACUAGACAGCGCCAUCGUCCCCAAUGUCUACUUUUUGGCGGGUACCCUGAUUUUACUCAUCGUACUGGCCGUGAUAUACUGGGUAGGAGUAAGCAGCUUUAGAGUACUUAAAGGUCUAAACAUCCCCGGCCCACCCCCCCUGCCGUACAUUGGUAAUCUCCGAGACAUCCAAAGGCUUGGUGGAAUCCAUGUCGCCCCAGUUCGACUUAUGCAGGAAUACGGGAAGGUGUUCGCUUGGUCUGUUGGUAGAACCCCUGCAAUCGUCGUGGGCGACCCCGAGAUUCUCAAACACGUGAUGGUGAAAGAGUUCCAGAACUUCCGUAACAGGUUCCUAUUGUUCAGAGACACACGCAGCGAAAUGCGGCAUGGGAUGUUCUCUGCCACUGACGACAAGUGGAAGCGUAUCCGCUCAACACUGACGCCAACAUUCACAUCCGGGAAACUGCGACAGAUGACCCCAAAGAUGAGAGAGUCAUGUGACACACUGAUGGAUAAGAUUGGCAAAGUGGCAGACACAGGUGAAAGUGUGGAUAUCUUGGGCAUGUUUUGUCAAAUGACCUUGGAGGUAAUACUUUCUACGGCGUUUGGCAUCGACUCUGAAGUCCAGAAGAACCCUAACAACACAUUCAGUGACAAGGCGAAGGAGAUUUUCAAAUCUCCCACUUUCUUGCGCAUGUUUUUGAUGCUCCCGUUUGCUUCUGUCUUCUUCAAAAUCUUCCGAUUUCUCAUCCAUAAUAACAAUAUGAAGUAUUUCAUAGACCUCUCUAAAGAGAUCCUCAGCAAAAGGCACGAUAAAACAUUCAACCGGAAAGACUUUGUGGAUCUAAUGCUGUCGGCAGUAAACCCCGACGGUAGCCGAAAGCUUUCCGAUCCGGAGAUCAUUGCGCAGUCGGUGACUUUCCUUCUGGCUGGACACGAAACGAGCAGCAACGCGCUUUCCGCCACAGCGUAUUACUUGGCCCUUAACCCAGAGGUACAAGAGCGCUUGAGACUUGAGAUCAGGAUGGCUGCCGAAACCAACUCGGACAAAUCUCCCCAUGAGCUAGCCAAUGAUUUGGAGUAUCUGGACUGUGUGGUGAAUGAAGUAUUACGCCUCCACCCCCCAGUUCACACGAUGAACCGAGAGUGCGCCCAGGCUUGUGUCAUCAAUGGCAUCACUAUCCCGGCUGGCAUGGACGUCACGAUCCCAUUCUAUUCACUGCACCACGACCCGGACGCAUGGCCAGAACCGGACAAGUUCGACCCGGAGCGAUUUCGUGGUCCUGCAAAGGAAUCCAGGCAUCCAUUCCAGUUCAUUCCUUUCGGCGCCGGACCGCGUAACUGCAUCGGGAUGAGAUUCGCUCUGAAUGAAGUCAAGUUGGUUUUGUUCCAGAUUCUCUCCAAGUACAAGUUUGUCCGGUCUCCCGACACUCAGGUUCCACUUGUUCUCAUUCCUGGGGCGACCCUCAUACCGCGUGACGGAAUCUACCUGAGGAUCGAGACUGCAUGACUUCCUGUGUGACUUCCUUGCUUUACCAGACACUAUGUGUUAAUUUUUUAUCAACUGGUAACGCAUUGAACGCUUAAUGAUAUACACCUAUUCAAAUAAGGUCGCUCUCGGUUGUCCAUGUAUUGUAAAACGCAGUGCUUCAUGGGUAUGAAAUAGAUAAGCCAGAUCGAGUCUUCAGUAUUAUAGUAAAUGGGGGUUCUGCUCUGGUGGAUCGUGGAUCAACCUUGAGGCUUGCCCAGACUUGCUCGUCCCGUCUUUGGAAACCGUGGAAGCCAAGAUAAAAAUUUGUAAAAGACGUAAUACUAUGCUUAGAAUAUUGAAUUAGCGUUCUUAUUGUAUUUAUAAGUAUUAAAAGGCCUUUUAGAAAAGUAGAUAAGCCAAGCAGUAGGAAACAGAGCGUCGCAGUCGGGGAUAGUCUGCAGACACAAAAAAAAGGUUUAGUUCCAUAUAAAAUUAAAGUGCUUUCUAAGGUGUCUCUA